AUGAGUGAAGAUAUUUAUGAAAACCCAGAUUUUUUUAACAUCAAAUCAACCAAUUUUUAUGCCAAUGAGAACUUAAAUGAAGAUAUCCACGCAAAUGAAGACAACACAGAAAUUGAUCUGCCUACCUGCCAUAAGAGAACCACUUCAGGAUCCAGCAGUGCAGGAACCAGAUGUUUUAAACCAGUAGUUUUGUGCCUGGCACUGCUGUGUGCACUUCUACUGGUUGGUGUUGCAAGGCUCUCAAUGUAUAUCAACAACCAAACCUUUAAAAGAGACCAGGUACAGACCAUUUACAACAACCUGACUAAAGAGAAAGACCAGUUACAGACCAGUUACAACAACCUGACUAAAGAGAAAGACCAGUUACAGACCAAUUACAACAGCCUGACUAAAGAGAAAGACCAGUUACAGACCAGUUACAACAGCCUGACUAAAGAGAAAGACCAGUUACAGACCAGUUACAACAGCCUGACUAAAGAGAAAGACCAGUUACAGACCAGUUACAACAGCCUGACUAAAGAGAAAGACCAGAUACAAAGUGAGAGAGAUGGACUAAAGAAGAAGCUUUCUGAACUAGAGAGAGACAUCUGCCAGUCAGGAUGGGUCACGUUCAGGUCCAGUCUUUACUACAUCUCCACUGACAAGAAGAAAUGGAGUGAUAGCAGGGAGGACUGCAGACGAAGAGGAGCUAACCUGGCGAUCAUAAAUACCAAAGAGGAACAGGACUUUGUAAAAAGUUUGAACUAUAAUAAAGAAGUGUGGAUUGGUCUGAAUGACAUGGAUGAAGAGGGAAAGUGGAAAUGGGUCGACGGUUCGGCACUGACCACACCCUUCUGGAAUCAUGAUGAACCCAACGGUAAUAGAGGUGAGAAUUGUGUUGUUACUGGAUAUCACAUUGAUGCCACAUGGAACUGGAUGGAUUUUUCAUGUGAUCGGCAGUUUGUUUGGAUCUGUGAGAAGAAAGGUUUUAGUAGCUGA